CUGUGACCGGCUGCCUUAAAGGCGGCAGCUUUGCACGCUGACCGGCAUUUAGACUGCGGCGAGAGUUUGGUGAGUGUGUUUGCGCAUGCGCAGCCGUUACUGGCAGUAGUUCUCUCAGAACCAGUCUCGCGCUUUAUACGUUAGCAUGUCGGGUCGCGGCAAGACUGGCGGGAAGGCCCGUGCCAAGGCCAAGUCUCGCUCUUCUCGGGCCGGGCUGCAGUUUCCCGUGGGCCGUGUGCACCGAUUGCUGAGGAAGGGCCACUACGCGGAGCGAGUCGGGGCUGGCGCGCCGGUGUACCUGGCAGCCGUGCUGGAGUACUUGACGGCCGAGAUCCUGGAGCUGGCGGGCAAUGCGGCCCGGGACAACAAGAAGACCCGCAUCAUCCCCCGCCACCUGCAGCUGGCCAUCCGCAACGACGAGGAACUCAACAAACUCCUGGGCGGCGUGACCAUCGCCCAGGGCGGCGUCCUGCCCAACAUCCAGGCGGUGCUGCUGCCCAAGAAAAGCGGCGCCAUCACCGGACCCAAGGCCCCGGGCAGCGGCGGCAGCAAGAAGAGCACGCAGGCCUCGCAGGAGUACUGAGGGCAGCCCCGGCCUCAGCGCCGCGGCCGCUCGGCUCCGCACCAGACCCCCCCACCACCACCACCACAAAGGCCCUUUUCAGGGCCGCCUCCCCCCUCACUGAGAGAGCUGCUCCACUCGCCUCCCUCCCCAGCCGGCCCCCCGGCGUCCUCGGCCCCGCCCCCUCCCUCGGCCCGGCGCGGCGGGGCGCGUGGGGUCGCGGGGCCCGCCCAAGCCCCGCUCAUCCUCUGACUCCUCUCUUGGCAGCUACUGAACCAACCCCAGGGCGGUGGCGCCCCGCGGCCACGCGCGGACCACCACGGGGCAGCCCGCGUCCCCGGCCGGCGCUGAAGUUCAUCCCCAGCCCGGACCUCCGGCUCAUGAACUGAAUUUUCUCAGCUUAGACACGUUGCCUUUAUCCUGGGGAAGGAACUGGGGGAAUUGAGAGACUGUGAAAGACAAUUCGGAAGUCCGAUUAACUUAAUUUUAUUAAAUGUUUUGUUUUGUUUUUUCUAA